GGUCAAUCCUUACCCGCUGUCAGGGAGUUGUCUAGAGCCCCUCACCGUCCCCAACGCUCACGGCAAUAAGCGCUCCGAUGAUGGUGUUUUUAGUACAGUAGCACCACUAGAAUAGCUUCAUGCCUCCUUCCGUACAAGUAAAUCGACACCACUGCAUCCCCCCCCGCGCACGGCACUUUUCUACAGCAGAUUCUCUCCUCUUCCACGUCACUUGUUGUUUGGAAGCUGAGAGAUUUGUAAGAGAAAAAAAAGCUCAUGAACUCAACAACACGUGCGGCACAGAGAUUGAAGCUUUUUUCUAGUGCUUUGUUUAAUCACAAGAAGACAACAUUGUUUAGACCUACUUUCACAAGAUCGUUUGCAAACAUGGCGGCUACUACCGAUGUCCAGAACUACAAAUUCAACCACUCCAUGAUCCGGGUCAAGGACCCCAAGGAGUCGGUCAAAUUCUACGAAUUCCUCGGCAUGUCCCUCCUCAAGAAACUCUCCUUCCCCGAAGCCAAAUUCGAUCUCUACUUCCUCGGCUACGACGCUCCCGGUGCCGUCUCCGCGGGCGCCAACCUCUGGGACCGCGAGGGUCUGAUCGAGCUAACCCACAACUACGGCACCGAGUCCGACCCCAACUACAAGAUCAACAACGGCAACGUCGAACCCCACCGCGGUUUCGGUCACACCUGCAUCUCCGUCGACAACCUCCAGGCCGCGUGCCAGCGCCUCGAGGACGCAGGUUACAAGUUCCAGAAGAAGUUGAGCGAUGGGCGCAUGAAGCACAUUGCUUUUGCCCUGGACCCGGAUGGAUACUGGGUGGAGAUUAUUGGCCGCAAGCCGGUGGAGGAGACGGAGGGCGUCAAGGAGACGGACCUGAAGACUUACAGGAUGAACCAUACCAUGUUGAGGGUCAAGGAUGGGGAGAAGAGUCUCAAGUUUUACCAGGAGGUUAUGGGCAUGAAGCUGGUGAGGACGCAUGAGGCCAAGGAGGCCGGAUUCAACCUUUAUUUCCUUGGGUAUGGAGAUGAGAAGCAGAACACGGCGGAUCGCGAGGGACUGUUGGAGUUGACGUGGAACUAUGGCACCGAGAAGGACGAGAACUUUUCGUACCAUAACGGCAAUGAUCAGCCUCAAGGGUUUGGUCAUAUUUGCGUGUCGGUUGAUAACAUCGAGGCUGCCUGCGACCGUCUGGAGGGUCUCAACGUCAACUGGAAGAAGAGACUGACGGAUGGUCGCAUGAAGAACGUUGCGUUCGUUCUUGAUCCUGAUAAUUACUGGAUUGAGUUGGUCCAGAAUGAGCGCUUCACUGGCCAGGCUAACUUUUAAGCCGAGCUGGAUGUGGUAAGGUGUUGCAGUUGCUGAUAGACUAGAUGUGGAAUAUACCAAGUCCUGCAAUAUCAGACUUUGUGCUCUGUUCACAGCUGUUAUCUUACAUGCAGUGCUGUGUGUCUUCUUUCUCCCUUCAAUCUAUCUGGUUUCGUUUUCAA